AUGGCUACCACGCCGCGCCGUUCGUCCUCGGUGCCGUUUAAAAGAUUAGGACUGGAUCCAUCUCCCCAAGUGGAACGCCGUGAUGAAGAUUUGAAACAAUUGUUUGCUGAUGCCACUUUGCCGCCUUAUGUAAGCUCCGAGACCGAUCCAUUGCCUGCCAAGAACCCUGCUCCCGUGAUGGAUCCUGAUCUAACUCGCUCGAUUGCUAUUGCCGGGAUGAUGGAGAAUCGAUCGCCCAAUUCAAUGACAGGGCUAAUUAUGAUCAUCAUUGUACAUGUUCCAUUCUCAAUUUUCUAG